AUGACAUCUGAUAGCUCUUAUGUACGAAUUCAAUUUGAAGAUGAAAUUGCAAAUGAAAUAAAAAAAAUUUCAGAAAUUGUUUGCUCGCCUAAUAUGAAACAUGUUGCAGCAUUAGACGAAGAUAGCAAUAUUAGUUUUUGGUCUAUUGAUAAUGAAGACCAAUCUCCGAAGAAAGUUAAUACAAUUCAUAUUGAUACUAUUUGUACAAAAGCAAAAGGUGAUAGACUAUUUGCAAUUUCAGAUAACAUGUUUACUUCAAUUGGUCUCGAAAGAAUUAAUCCCUACAAUUUUAAAAUUUUCGAUUUUAAAACUGAAGAUGAGGUAAUGCUGACAUUUCCGGAUUGGCAAAAGGAAAUUGACUUCUUGUCCUUUAUUGAUAAUGGAAACAUAGUUAUGAUUAAUACUAAAUAUUACAGAGCAUAUAUUUUUUCAAGUAAAGAUGAUAUUCACUGGUUUUGUAAAUCAAUGGUUGAACUGAAAUAUUUUAAACAAAUUUACAUUACACUUAAAGGCAAAUUGAUUAUAUUUAAUGAUACGAUUUAUGAAAUCAGAGUAUGGGACAUUGAAACGUUAUCAGUCAAAACUCAUGCUUUAAUAGAGUGGAAUUGUACACUUGAAUCUGUUGAAAUUAGCGAUGAUGAAGAGUUAUUAUUAAUAUGUGCAAAAAGUGAGGCAACUAAAGAAACUCGUUUAUAUGUCUUUUCCACCGAAACUGGAAUAAACCUAGCAUUCUAUAGAUUUCACUUAAUCGCUUCUAGUAAAGGAGAAAGAUUAUUUUAUGUAUUAGACGAUCCACUUGAUAAAAAAUAUAACAUAAUGGAUCCUUACAAUCUUACAAAUCCAAUAGAUGCAAGUAAACUCUUUGAAAAUAACCAAGUUCAAGAACCAUACUUAAUUCGAUCAGAUAAAAUAAUUUAUAUAAUUGAUGGGAAAUUAUCAAUCAAAGAUUUGGUGCAGGAUAAUUCUUAUGAUUGGAUUAAAUAUUUACGAAGAGAACUAAAUGAUACAAACAGCAUUACAGCUCCAUCUAAAAAUACAUUUGAAAUUAUAAAGAAUAGUUUAAAUAAAGACUAUAAUGAUACUUAUAUUUCUUAUAACAAAGUAUUUCAAGGGGUUUAUUUAAAAUGGGAAUUAGAAUUCAGCAAUAAAUCAGUCAUGAUUACAGUGAUUGAAUUUGAUUAUCACAAGAAUGAUUGGAAUGAUAGUGAAAAAAGAAAAAUUGAAAUUCUUCCAUCUUUUUAUUCUGAUGAAAAAAAAUUUAUACUACACUGUGAAGUUCUUGAGAAUGAUGAUUUCUUUACGAUUACACAUAUUGGUGUAAUAAUUUGGACUUUUAAAUUUUCUAAAGCUACUAAGACGAAAAUCAUUAGCAUGCACUAUUAUUGGAAUGGUUUUAAUGACUGUUUAGAGAAAUUCGCAUUUGACCGUGACUUCGAUAAAUUUAAUCAUGAUCGUGACUUCGAUAAAUUUAAGCAUGACCGUGACUUCGAUAAAUUUAUGGUUAAGCAUCUCUUUGAGAGUUGGACUUCAGAAAGAAUUCUCCCUGCUUCAAGUUAUGAGACAAUUUAUUUUAAUUUAGAUGUUAAAUUUGGCGGAACUCCGCUUUUCUUAGAGUUUUUAAAAGAUAAUAUAAAUGAAGAAUUUUAUUUAACUUGUUAUGGAAAUAUUCUCAUGCGGACAUUUAGUUCAUUAAAGGAUGACAAAUGGAUUAGAACUGUAGGCGACAGCUGUAUUAAUAAGUGCUUGCAUGAUAAUAAUCAUUUGAUUUUUAAAAUUUCUUUGCUGAGUAUUAUUUUUGAAAACAUUGUUGAAUUAUCAGAAAACCAACCUGCAUUUAUAGCAAGUAUUUUUUCUAUGGUAGCAUUUGUAGUUCCUUCUACUAUAAUAAAUCAAAAAUCACAUUCUCUACACCUUUCCAGUUUUGGAAGAUACUAUCAUUUAUCUAGGACAUCAUCACUUGAUAUAUUAACUUCUAAUUUUUGGAACAGUAAUCUAUAUUUUCAAUUUCAAAAUGGCUUUCGUAAAUUUUUAAAUAGUUUACGUGCUUUAUUUAGUUGUUUUGAAAGUUUACUUUUGGUAUUAAUUUCUGUACCAUCUGUUGUAUUAUCUCCAUUACUUUUAUUAGUUAAUAGAUUUUAUUCUAUAAAUCAGAAUCCAACAAUAGUGCUUGCAUUUCCUAUACCAAACUUUGUUUCUUAUUCAAAAUAUUAUAAUUGGAAAGAAUUAAUACGACCUAUUCCCAAUAGUUUUAUAUCUUCAAACCAUCUUGAAAAGAUAAAUUACGAAUUUUAUAAAUAUUUAAAUGGGAGAGCAUUACUUGAGUUUAAAUGGAAAUUUUAUGGAAAAAAGUAUUAUUUAGUAAUGUGGGCAAUUUAUACAGUUUUUCUUUACAGUUUUAUUACUGUUUCUAGUUUAUCUAAUGAUAAUUCUCAAAAAAUUUUCUUAAUAAUUACCAUUAUUCUUGGAUUCUGGCAUCUAAUUUUUGAAAUUCGUUCAUUUAUAUAUUUUCCUCUAGGAUAUUUUUCAAGAAUUUGGAAUUAUCUAG